AUGUUAGUUUAUCCGCGCUGCUCGCGCCCACGCACCUGCCCUCCUACGCCCUUAGGGCGCCUUCCCACGGCGCGACCGCGGCGCGCUUCCUGCAAGCAGCAGAGCCCUUCCGACGCAGCCACCGCCGAAGCCACGGUCGCACUGCCGCCCGCCGUGGAAGGGGGUUUCGCCGACCCUCCGGCGACGACGAAGAAAGGGACCGGAGCAGGUAGAACGCUGCGGCCCUGUGUUCUGCUAGAGCUUCCCGUGGCUGGACCGCCACCCGCUGCACGUGGGAAGGCCUCCAUUCAAACCAAUGCUCUGCUACGCGCCGCGCUGCUGCGAAGCGCGCCGCAGGCCCCAUCCCACGUGCAACGGGCGUCCGCUGUUGCGACAAGCGCUGGCGGGCUCUCGCUACGCGAAGCGGAGGAGUGCAAUAUAGCUUUAAAUGGUAGCCUUCCCACUGCGCCACGGCCGCUGCGCAGAGCUGCUGUUUAUACCUGCUGCAAUCCCUUUGUCCAUCCCCUGCCGAUUGACGUACGCGCGCUGCUGUGGCGGCUGGCCCUGGAGGAGACUUGUGAUGCGCUCAUCAGUCGUUUUCUCCCAUCCACACCAGGCGAAUGCCGGAGCACGGGCCGCGCGCUGUCUUUCCUUCGUCGUCCUUGA